AUUAUUCAGUAAUCAUAAUAAACUGAUUUAUUCAAAUUAUAAGAUUUUAGGUUUCAAUUCAAAAGUAAAAAUAAGUAUGCAUUUAUUCUUAGACUACAUAAUUGCCGACACUUUUGGAAAGGGUAUAUUUUAUUAUUUUCUGUUGAAGCCAACUUGGCUUACAAAAGAGUAAAGGAAACACUGGCUGCAGAUGCCCUAGUAAUAAUGACUUGUGGCUGUGUGGUAAGACAUGGGAGGAGCUUCAGAAGAAUCAACUUUUUCAGCUUUUGAGGCGUGCACUAUAUUGAUUCUUCUCUAAAAUUGAGAGUGAAUGUGAAUCUGAGCGUCUUCUCCGCAUAAUGGUGCUUUUCAGAUCCAGCAAUGAUUUUUACGAAGCUUUCUGGUGAUUAAGGCUUUUAUUUUUCUGCAGUUUAUGUGAAGGAGAAUGGAUUAUGCGUACGCGCGCUCCCAUCAGCAUGACAAGAAUCGAGUUGAGAGCGCGCGCGACAGACAAAUGACAAUUUCAGUCAUUAUGUUGCUUUUUGUUGCGUUUCUUCCAUAUGCGCUCACAGCACACUUGGCUGUCAUAUCCCCCCAGGAUCCAGUGCUUCGCAUCGGCUCGAGCUUGACUGCAGUGUGCACUGUUAGCGCCGAGCUGGAAAUAACAGCUAGAUCCUUGUACUGGACGCUGAACGGCAGACGUUUGGCAAGAAACACUUACAGAGUCCUGAGCCCAACCGAAUCAAGCGUCACACUUCAUCAACUCAAUGGCUCCUUGCAGCAGUCAGGAGACAACCUGGUUUGCCACCGAAGCAACGGAGAAGUGUUGGCCGGAUCGUGUAUUUAUGUUGGGUCACCCCCUGAGAAACCCGUCAACCUGACAUGCUGGUCACGAAACACCAAAGACCUCAGCUGCAGAUGGAGUCCAGGGAGUCAAGGAGAAACAUUCAUCAAUACCAAAUACAUCCUCAAGUACAAACUAAAAUGGUACGGUAAAGAGAAAGACUGCGAGGACUACACGGGACAGCCAUAUAUGUGCUACGUUCCACGCGACCUUGCCAUUUUUACGCCAUAUGAAGUCUGGGUGGAUGCGUCCAAUCAGCUUGGAUCUGCCACUUCUGAUGUGGUCACCUUAGACAUUUUAGAUGUAGUAACUACAGAUCCGCCUCCUGAUGUCCUUGUGAGCCGUGUUGGUGAUCUGGAAGAUCAGUUAAGUGUCAGUUGGGGCAGUCCUCCUGCCCUGAAGGACUACCUGUUUCAGGCCAAGUAUCAAAUACGAUACCGUGUGGAGGAGAGCGACGAAUGGAAGGUAUGGCUGGAAUUGUUUUAUCCAACGGUGUCCAAUCCUGCUCCUGGAGGGCCAACGUCCUUCAGAGUUUAGCUCCAACAUGCCCCAACACACCUGCCUGGAACUUUCUGGUAAUCCUCAAGACCUUGAUUAGCUGGUUCAGGUGUGUUUAAGCUGAACUCUGCACUCCUGAAAAUAAUGCUUUCAAAAAGUUUCACAGCGAUUCCAUAGAACAGGGGUUCUCAACUCUAACCCUUGAGGUCCUCUUUCCUGGAGAGUUUUUCUCCAAUCCUAUUUAAAUCGACCUGAACAAGGUAAUCAAAGUCUUCAGGAUUACUAGAAGGUUCAACAGAUGUUUAAGGUUCUUCAUGGAAUCAUUGAUGCCAAUAAAGAACUUUAUUUUUAAGAGUGUGGAGCAGGAUUGGACAGACCUGGUUUAGUCCAACAGAAAGCAAAAUUUAAAGCAGUGUCCAUCAUAUGCACCCUUCAGAAUCUCGCAGGAAGAAGUAUUUUUAGAUAGCAUUUUUAGGAUCACUGUUUCUGGAGGGCCAUCUUCCAGCAGAGUAUGGCUGCAUCCAAAAUCAUGUUCUUACUUACUAUAUAGUAGGUGAAAAAAAGCAUGUGACCAAAGAAGUUCACAGUACUCAUAAAAGAGAUGGUAAAAAAUGCCCGGAUGACCUACUUCUUCCUGCAAGAUUCUGAAGGGUGCAUAUAAUGGACACUUUACUAUCCCAUGAGGCCAUGGGAGCGGAUUUGUGAAUGGCAGUGAAGCAAUUGAUGCUGGCAGGUCACAUGACAGUGACAACGUGGUGAAUGUAGUACGUCUGGAUUACAUUCAUACUACACACAUUCAUACCAUUUAGUACAUACCUUUUCAGCACUUUCAAAGUAAGUACUUAUUAAAAAUAAGUACCUACUCAAGAGUAUGCCAAUUCCAGUGCAGCCUUUGACUAAUUAAACACACCUGAACAGGUAAUCAAGGUCUUUAUGCUGCGUUCACGCCAUGUCAUAAUUACGUAAAUAAAGCUCCAUGUGCUUUCAAAUCACUCUCGCGGUACUUUGAUCUCAUACACCAAUCAUACACCGCUUCAAGUCGAACACUCCUUAAAUCUGCAGUGGUCAGAUGGUACAGCGGUCACGUGGUACAAGUCGUAGCUCUCAGAAAAUUACAAGUUUACAUGCUGUAAUUACAAGUUCUACAAGCAAGUAAAGGCUUUUUACAGUUUAGAAUCAUUACGGUAAUUAUGACAUGGCAUAAAUACAUUUUUAGGAUCACUAGAAACUUCCAAGUAGGUUUGUUGGAGUCGAACUCUGCAGGAAAGUGACCCUCCAGGAGCAGGAUAGGACACCCCCGAUUUAAAGGGAUAGUUCACCCUAAAAUUAAUAUUCUGUUAUUAUUUAGGGGCCGUUUACACAACACCAUUUUCAACUAAAAAUGGAAAACUUUUUAUGCGUUUUGGCCGUUCAUUUAAACGACAACAGCGGUUUAGGGGUCUGAAACGCAAACUCUUGAAGUGCAAUUUUUUUAAAACGAUACUGUUAUCUCUGUGUAAACUACAAAACCAUGAAUUUAUGAAAAAGGUUAUACAUGUGCAUGCGUAUUACAUGUUCAGUCUAUAGGCACGUAGUGUUCCUUUACAAAGUGAUAUCGCCAACUACUGGCUUGGCAGCAUAAUACAGCGUUUUUUGCUGCUUUUCGCGGAUCUGUGUGAACGGGGAUUGUUUUGACAAUGCUGUCGCCUGUACAUGAAAAAAAACAAGGAACAUUUUUCCAUUUUUAGUACAUUGUUGUCAUGUAAACUUAAUUCUACAGAGGUUUCUUUGUUCUGUGGAACAAAAAAUGAGAAUUUGAGGACUCUCCUGGCCACCCUUUUCCUAACCCCAAAAUGAUGUACUGACUCAUAAAGGUAGUCCAGAUGCACUAUAUAAUCUUCUGAAGUCAUAAGAUAGUUUUGUUUUAUUGAAUGAUUCGUUCACUUAAUCUGAUUCUGGUUCUCAGGUUCAGCUUUCUGACUCAAUGAUCCAGCAGUUAACAGCUCACUGAGGGGAAAUUUAUCAUUAAAUAAUGACUAUAAUUUCUAUUUGUUCUUCAUAGAAACCUACCAUACAGCUUCAGAAGCUAGUGGUAUGGACCACUAUUAUGAUAGCUUUGCGCAAGAAAGUUAUACAGGUUUGGAAUGACAUGAAGGUGAAAAACUAUGACAAUUUGCAUUUUUGGGUCAACAGCUUUACCCAAAUCUUCCCCAAUAUAAUGUCUAAUGCACAUACUCAAAAUGUUAUUCUUAGUUUUUAUUUUCUAUUUCCCCUCAGGUGAUAGAUGAUGCUGGGAACCAAACGUCAUGUCGGUUAGCAGGUCUCAGAGCAGGUACUGUAUAUUUUGUCCAAGUACGCUGCAACCCAGUGGGCAUCUACGGCUCGAAGAAGGCAGGUAUCUGGAGCGACUGGAGCCACUCGACUGCUGCGUCAACACCUGGCAUUG